CAUUCAAUUCCCUCUUUCCUACUGCACAGUGCUCUCUCAGUGCACUGUGCACACGACCGAAGUGGUAUAGAUGCAAAAACUCGUCCUGAAAUUAAAUAAUAUAUAUAAAUAAGAAAUAAAAAGUCGCGUGCCUAUAAAAGGAGCCAGUGUGUGUUAGUUGAGAUCAGGCGUAGGUGCGUUCUGAUCUACCACGUACUGAAAUUUUCUCGGGAAAAUCUGCCGACAGAGAGGGAAACGAGGAGCAUAGUUGUUCGGGUUUGAACCUGUGCUCCCGACUUUGGGAGAUUAGUGGUAGUUUUAUUUUUGUUCUUUUGGCUUUUUAGAGCGUAGAAUGUGGAAGCUUGCUCGAAUCGCCGCGUCAAAUCUGAGCAGAUCGAGGAGGUUCUCGACGGCGAUUCCUGGUCCGUGUAUUGUUCACAAGCGUGGCGCUGAUAUUCUCCACGAUCCCUGGUUUAACAAGGAUACUGGAUUCCCUUUGACUGAAAGGGAUCGGCUAGGGCUUCGUGGCCUUCUUCCUCCUCGCGUGAUAUCAUUUGAGCACCAAUAUGCUCGUUUCAUGGAGUCAUAUCGGUCGUUAGAGAAAAAUACUCAUGGCCAAUCAGAUGGUAUUGUUUCCUUAGCAAAAUGGCGGAUCUUAAAUAGACUGCAUGAUAGGAAUGAGACUUUAUAUUACCGAGUCCUUAUCGAUAACAUCAAAAAUUUCGCUCCGAUAAUAUACACUCCUACGGUAGGAUUAGUAUGUCAGAAUUAUUCAGGGUUGUUUAGACGCCCACGAGGAAUGUAUUUCAGUGCAAAAGAUAAAGGAGAGAUGAUGUCGAUGAUCUAUAAUUGGCCAGCUCAACAGGUAGACAUGAUAGUCUUGACAGAUGGCAGUCGUAUCCUUGGCUUAGGUGACCUUGGAGUUCAGGGGAUUGGUAUCCCUAUUGGAAAACUUGAUAUGUAUGUUGCUGCUGCUGGCAUCAAUCCACAGAGAAUACUCCCGGUCAUGCUCGAUGUUGGCACUAACAAUCAAAGGCUUCUUGAAGAUCCUCUUUAUUUAGGACUUAGACAACCUAGGUUGGAAGGAGAAGAGUAUCUUUCAAUUGUUGAUGAAUUCAUGGAAGCUGUUUUCACACGUUGGCCCAAGGCUAUCGUACAGUUUGAGGAUUUUCAAAUGAAGUGGGCUUUUGAAACACUGCAACGAUAUCGUAAAAGGUUUUGCAUGUUCAAUGAUGACAUACAGGGGACUGCUGGAGUUGCACUUGCAGGACUAUUGGGAACUGUGAGAGCCCAAGGUCGACCAUUGUCUGACUUUGUGCACCAAAAGAUAGUUGUGGUGGGAGCUGGGAGUGCAGGGCUUGGUGUUCUUAACAUGGCUGUACAAGCUGCUUCAAGAAUGUCAGGAAAUAGCGAAACAGCGGCAAAAAAUCUGUUUUUCCUAGUUGAUAAAGAUGGCCUCAUCACAACAGAGAGGAAGGGGCUUGAUCCUGCUGCAGCACCAUUUGCCAAAGACCCAAGAGAGAUUCUGGGACUUACGGAGGGAGCUAGUCUAAGUGAAGUGGUAAAAAAGGUCAAGCCCCAUGUGCUUCUUGGUUUGUCUGGAGUUGGUGGUAUCUUUAAUGAGGAGGUGCUUAAGGCAAUGCGAGAAUCUGACUCAAGUAAACCUUCCAUUUUUGCAAUGUCAAAUCCCACAAAGAAUGCUGAAUGCACUGCUGCUGAAGCUUUUGUACAUGCUGGAGAAAAUAUAGUCUUUGCAAGUGGAAGCCCUUUUGAAAAUGUUGAUCUUGGGAAUGGAAAAGUUGGCCAUGUAAAUCAAGCAAAUAACAUGUACCUGUUUCCCGGGAUUGGUUUGGGAACACUUCUCUCAGGUGCUCACUUUAUAACAGAUGGAAUGUUACAAGCAGCUGCUGAAUGCCUUGCUUCUUACAUGACUGAUGAAGAAAUCCAACAGGGCAUCUUGUAUCCAUCUAUCAAUAGCAUUCGGGAUAUUACAGCCGAAGUUGGAGCUGCUGUUCUGCAAGCAGCUGUAGCAGAAGACCUGGCAGAAGGACACGGUGAUGUGGGGCCUAGAGAGCUAAAGCAAAUGUCCAAAGAGAAGAUAGUGGAAUAUGUCAGAAGCAGCAUGUGGUACCCUAUUUACAGCCCUCUUGUUCACGAGAAAUAAGGCUCUGAUUCUUGGAGGCGGUUUUCCUAUGGCUUGCAAUCUCAAGGUGCUGCACCCGAACAUCGGACUCUUGGUUUCUUUUCCUGAAUUCAUAAUUUAGAAGCUGGGUUUACAGAACAAGGGGUAAAGGAUGAAAACAGCAAUGAAACCCCCCCCCCCCAUUUCUGACAAAACCCAUUAGCUUGAUUUGCGCAUUCUUAAUUAAACUAAUAAGUUUUGUAUAGUUUCUUUGUUCUACAUUAUUAGGAAAUACUAUUCUUUGGCUUGACGAGUCCACAAAGUGCUUUUUUCUAAAUGCA